UUUCAGUGUUCUUGAAAGGCCAUCAAUGGCGCUACUCCAGCACUUGUGCUCUGCGCCUCUCACACGUGCGAUACGCUCUCGCUCCUUAACCUUGUCCUCACGCACCAUGUCAACAGCCCUCACGCCCACACGCGUGACGCAUGUGGAUUCCCACGUGCUACUUGGCAUGUCCGAGCAAGAGCUCCAACAGCUCUCUCUCGAUCUCGGUCAGCAAAGCUAUAGGGGGAAGCAGCUCCAUCAUCUUAUCUACAAGAGAAAGGUCAAAGAAAUUCAAGAUUUCAGUCAAUUGCCUCAGGCCUUUAGGAACGAUCUUCAGGAAGGCGGAUGGAGGGUGGGGCGAUCAUCCAUUCACCAGUCUGUUACUGCAGCUGAUGGCACUGUUAAGCUAUUGAUAAAACUGGCAGACAACAGAUUGGUUGAAACUGUUGGAAUACCAGUUGAACAUGACAAAGGCUCAUUUCGCCUUACUGCAUGUGUCUCAUCACAGGUUGGCUGUCCAUUGCGCUGUUCAUUUUGUGCCACUGGCAAGGGAGGUUACUCAAGGAACCUUCAGAGGCAUGAAAUUAUUGAGCAGGUCUUGGCAAUAGAGGAGAUCUUUAAGCAAAGGGUGACAAAUGUGGUGUUUAUGGGAAUGGGCGAACCGAUGUUGAACCUGAAAUCAGUUAUUGAAGCUCACCGUUGCUUGAAUAAGGAUGUGCAAAUUGGGCAAAGAAUGAUCACAAUUUCCUCCGUAGGGGUUCCCAACACAAUUAAGAAGUUGGCUUCUUACAAACUUCAAUCCACAUUGGCUAUCAGCUUGCAUGCUCCAAACCAGAAACUAAGGGAAACAAUUGUACCAAGUGCAAAGUCCUACCCUCUGGAUGCAAUUAUGAAGGAUUGCAGGGACUACUUCCUGGAAACUAGCCGUCGCGUAUCUUUUGAGUACACACUUUUAGCUGGUGUAAAUGAUGCUGUGGAGCAUGCAAUAGAGCUUGCAGAACUACUCCAUGAAUGGGGACCGGGUUAUCAUGUGAACCUGAUACCCUUCAAUCCAAUUGAAGGCUCUGAAUUUCAGCGUCCAUAUAACAAGGUGCAAGCAUUUGCUGCUGCCCUGGAGUCACGUAAAGUAACUGUCAGUGUGCGUCAGACACGGGGUCUUGAUGCAAGUGCAGCUUGUGGGCAGCUAAGAAAUGAGUUCCAGAAGAUCCCUUUGCAAUCUGACUCCAACAACCUCCAAUCUCAGUUAGAUGUCCCAAUUGCUUGUUGAUGUCACAAAGUCUGGAUCUUUUGACCUUUAGCAAGCCUGCAGAGUAGUGCAUAUAUUCAUCCUCUCUUUCCAUCAUCUGAGAGAAACUUGAUAAACCUGGAUCUCAUCUAAAAAACCAGUUGGCAUCUUCAGCUCUGCUACGUUUGGGAUGACUGCUCAAACUUCGAAUGCUUUGGGUUGCAGAAGUCCUGUACACAGGAGGCUUAGAUGUUGAGGAGAAAGGGAAAACGGAAACUGCAUUUUGCCAUGCAGAGCAAUGAUGGACGAUGAGCAAGACUCUUUCUUCUCUUACGAUUAUACAUUGUAGCAGAGGUGUAGACUGUAGGGUGUUAUAUCUUUAUCCAUUAUAGCUCGCAUCCUUCCUCAGAAGUAAUACUUGGUAGUUGUUUAUCCUAUUGAAAUGGGGCCAGGAGCAUUGAACAUUUUCAUUCACAAAUUGUGAGUGAAUACAUCAUUUGGUGAAAUUUCCCAUUUUACAGAAAUUGUGAAUUUAUGGUUGUUACUAGA